CAGCAUCACCAAAGCCAUGGGAGACGUGCAAAAGAAGCUUCAGGCUUUGUCGGACAGCUACCAAGGCCUCCAAGCCGAACUCGGAACUGCGGUUGAGGCCCGCCAAAAGCUCGAGUCGCAGCAGCAAGAGAACACCACAGUCAAAAAGGAGUUUGACAUUCUCGACGACGAUGCCAACAUAUACAAGCAAAUCGGUCCGGUGCUCUUGAAGCAGGACAAGACUGAGGCAGUCAUGUCAGUCAACGGCCGCCUAGAAUUCAUUGAGAAGCAAAUCAAGGACAUUGAAAAGCAAAUCCAGGGCAUACAGGAAAAGAGCGAGAAGAUUAAAGGCGAGAUUAUCCAGAUACAAUCGGCGGCACAACAAUCGCAGCAAGCAGCAGCAGCAGCAUCAUCAUAAGAUGAAUACGAAUGAGGACACUGUAUCAAUGAGAUGCUCAUUCAUGUUGAGUUAUGGACAUUGUGAGUUGAUGUGAAAAGAGUGAGAGCAAAAUCAUAAUAUAAAUUCAUACAAGAAUAAAA